AUGGACCUUUGUUGUUCUUCCCGGCCUGAUCACGCAGAGACGUCGAUCUCGGUCCAUCGGUCUGAGGAAGGCUGCACCGCUGUCGGCUGCUGCUCUCCGACCGAAGCUGUCCCUCACCAGUCGGAGGAGGGAUUCAGCCGGAAGUCGGAGGGUGAUUGUGCUGACGGAUGCUGUUCGUCCGCCCAGCCACCGGCCAGGGCUUCUCUUCGUAAGCCCGAGGACAGCUGUACAUCCGACUGCUGUGUUUCCCUUCCGACUGAGCCAGUAAACCCGAAGUCAGAUGACAGUUGCGCAGAUGGCUGCUGUUCCGCCCCUCCGCCGAUCAAUGUUUCUCCCCGCAAGUCGGAGGACAGCUGCUCUAGCCUCCCGACUGGUGCUCCGACUGACCACUGCUGCUCGAGUCCCGCACCCACGCAAGCGAAUUCUAAGGAUUGCACUCGCACCGCUUGUCAGGAAGCUGGCUCAGGAACGGGGAAAAAGAAAGCCCAAUGCUGCGAUGACGGCUGCCUCGACGAGAUCACUCGACGAGAAUUCUCGGAAAAGUGCUCCAAAGAACCCACAGAGUGUGGCGACGCGUGCGAACACCACAAGAAGAAAGCUCGAAGCCAAUACCAAGCUUCUCUGGAGGCACUGGGAUGCAUUUGCAGGACCCUCCUUGCCAUGAACCUAGAAUCUUGCUGCAAUAAGACGACUAUCCGGCGCAGACGAGGCAGGCAAGGCGAGCGAAGUAGGUCGACGGCUUCUUUAUAUUCAAAGGAGGAUUCUGCCGGCCGUAUCAGAAGCACAGAGCCAAUUCGCAACUCCUGCAUGCAAGGAUGCCUGGUGCAAGGAGAAACCGACUCCAAACCCGUCUCUGCAAAUGCUAGUUUGGUCGACGUGGAACGUGGAGAUGUCAAGAAUGAGCGUGUCAUCUUGACUGUCAAAGGCAUGACAUGCACCGGAUGCGAAACAAAACUGACAAGGUCCCUCAACAGCCUUCCAGCCAUGACUCGUGUCCAGACCAGUCUGCUUCUUUCAAGAGCCGAGUUUGACAUCGAUAGCCGGAUCCUUUCGGCUGAACAGGUCCAGGUCCGCCUCGAGAAGGAAACCGGUUUCAAAUUCGAAAGAGUCAGAAACGAAAACGAAGAGCUCGAAGUCAUCGAAGUCCUUGCGGGUGGUGACGCCGAAGCUUUCCUCACCCGCGAGAUGCCUCCCGGGGUAGUCGGCACGUCGAUCGUGGACAAGGACACUGUGACUCUACAGUAUGACCCCAAAAUAAUCGGAGCUCGCGAUUUGGUCAAUCAUGCUUUCAGCCCUCCGUUGCAACUAGCACCCCAUCGGGCACCUCCGUCAAUUGCCUCAGGACGCAAACAUGUGUGGGACGUUGGCCGGACCACUGUCAUAUCCGCCCUGCUCACUAUCCCCGUGCUGGUCAUCGCGUGGACGCCGCUCUCAGAACACGAGUUGGCCUAUGGUGAUGCAUCAUUGGCCCUUGCUACCAUUGUCCAGGUCGCAAUUGCCGGGCCUUUCUAUUUGAGCGCUCUCCGAAGCCUCAUCUUCUUUCGGGUCAUCGAAAUGGAUCUCCUCAUCGUCCUCAGCACAACUACAGCAUAUGUCUUCUCCGUUGUGGCUUUUGCCUAUAUAGUCAUAGGACACCCUCUUCCUACCGGCGAGUUCUUCGAGACUAGCACGCUACUUAUAACCUUAAUCAUGGUCGGACGAUUCCUCAGUGCUCUCGCGCACCAAAAAGCUGUUAAAAGCGUCUCUAUCCGCUCCCUGCAAGCACCGACUACUCUUGUUUCUUCGGAUAAUAGAACUUACGAAGAGAUCGAUGCGCGCUUACUACAGUUCGGCGACAUCUUCAAGGUCCUUUCAGAGACAUCCUCGGAGGUGGACGAGUCCAUAAUCACUAGCGAGUCUAAAUUAAUACCUAAAGAGUCUAGAUCCCCGGUUAUAGCAGCUUCCGUCAACGGCUCGGGAACUCUUUUCGCUCGACUUCUUAGGUCUAACACAGAUCUUGCAGAUAAAAUAGCGGGAUAUUUCGUCCCUAUUAUUAUUACAAUCACGCUCGUCGUUUGCCCUGUACAAGCAACCACCUAUACCAUCGCCACCCUAAUCGUGUCCUGCCCAUGCGCGAUUAGGCUUGCCGUGGCAAUCGUCAUUGUCGUGGCCAGUGGGAUCGCGGCUCAACAUGGCGUGGUUGCCAAAACGGCCGAGACGCUGGAAAUUGCGCGGAAAACAACGCACGUCGUGCUGGACAAGACCGGAACUCUUACUCAAGGCAACCUCAGUGUUUGUCGUGAGAUUGUACUUGAGGGCUUCGACGAGCCUGUCACGCAGAUUCUCUUUGCACUUGUUCGUGCGAGCAAGCACCCAGUGUCUAUAGCUGUGGCAGCCCACUUCGAGAAAAACGGCGCUGUUGAAGCAAAGAUCGAAAACAUCCAGUCUCUCCCCGGCAAAGGCAUGGAAGCUUCGAUCGAAGGAGCCGUCAUCCGCGCCGGAAACUCUCACUGGCUCGGCAUGGAAACAGACCCAACACUCACCCCCCUCCUCUCACAAGAUCUCACUGUCUUCUGCGCCACCAUCAACGGAGCCCCGCGCGCCGUCUACGCCCUGCAAGACACUCUCCGCCCCGAAGCACGCGCCGUAAUCAGUUCCCUCGCUGCCUCCAACAUCGCCGUUUCGAUAGUCAGCGGCGACGACGCCGGCCCCGUCUCAGCCACAAACACGCGCGCCCGCUGCUCGCCCCGCGACAAACAGGCCUACAUCCAGCAGCUCCAUCAGGCAAACCCAAACGCAGUAAUCCUCUUCUGCGGCGACGGGACGAACGACACCCCCGCGUUCGCCCAGGCGCAAAUCGGCGUGCACAUGAGCAGCGGGACGGCCGUGGCCGCCAGCGCCGCCGACGCGUGCAAUUUUGCUUGGGCGGCGCUGUAUAACGCUGCGGCGGUGUUGUUGGCGGCUGGCGCGUUUCCGCGUGCGAGAGUUGUGAGUGUGCUCCCGGUUGUGGCGGUGGGGGUGCAGUUGAGGCUUGUGAGGGGGAUUGUGCUAGACGGUGAUGGGCUUGGCGUCCUUGAUACCUAUGUUCGCAGUAUCACUCAGUCCCUUUUUACAAGAUGCAUGCCAAAACACGCCCUUCCCUCCCCUCACCACCACAUCGAUGCUCCCACAACCACAAGCACGACAAAUCUCAGCAGCCCAAGCUCCGCCACCGGGGACGGGGCCUGCCUACCCGAAAGCCAAAAGCAUGCAGACAACACCAUCACCAGCAUCCAGCGCAGCCAAAACAACACGCACUGCACGCACUGCACGCAUUACACGCGCCUCACGCACACUCGCCUCGCCAAAACAACGAGGUAACGCCUGUUGGCAAUGCUUGUGCGUGGUGGGCUUUAUGCGUGCGCUGUAAUGACGGCGAUGACGCCUGGUAUGGUGAUGAUAAAUCGUAGUGUAAUAUGAUGGCCUUUUUGUGGUGCAAAGUGCGGAGGUGGGGUGGGUGCGUUUUUCUUUCGCUUUCUUUUUCUCUUUUACUCUCUACCCCCUUAGUUUGCUGUGUGUUGAGAGGCGGCUUGUU